AAAGAUUCAUUUUUCCUUUACAAAGGAUAUUUAAGUUUUUAUACAUAUGGACUAGCUAAUCGAUCGUAUUAAUCGCAUAAGUAUGAGCGUGACUAUCUGAUCAACGAGAUGUCAGCUCAUACUCAGCACAAUCAAGAAGAAAGUCAUAUAACUUUUAUGGAAGUAUUGCGCGCGUUGUCCUUGUUUAAUGUAUUUUUACAUUGCUAAUGAAAGAAUGCAAAACUUGCUCCAACACAUAUACAUUGAUAUAUACAUAUAUAUUACACAUAUUCUGGUUAAAGCAUCACUGUCCUACUUCACCUUCAUGUAUUCCAUGCAGUAAUAACAAGCAGAUAACUAGUCUGAUAGUAUAUUGGAAUAAAGUAGGUAGAUGUAAAACACACAUACACAUACAAUAUAUUGUUAUUUCUUUCGAAAUUGCAACACUUCCUACAAAAUAAACAGACAAAAGUUGCAUUAGUUGAAAUAUAUGCACAGUCAACACAUCACAGAACCGAUGAAAUCGACGACAGUAAAGUACACCUUUCAUGGUGAAACAUAUGGGAUAGUAUUUAAACGAAAUUUCCACAAUAUGUUGAUAAUGAGUAUUCGGGCAUUCGUGAUUAAUGCAUGCGAUGCAUCUAAGAAAAAACAAAAUUAAUGACUGAUAAUGAAGAAAAUGAUAAUGUUCGAAUAAAGAAAAUUUGGUCGCAUUUGAGGUUGAUAGCUGCAGCGAAAUUGUUAUUAGGAUAAGAAGUUACUUUGUUAACAAAGAUUUAUUGAAGAAGGUGUACUGUACAUCAUAUGAAAAAUGACAAAACAAGAAGACGUAUUUGACGAAAGAGAAAAAGAGCGAAUGCAUUAAGAGUAAGCACAUAAUACUGUAAUAGUGAAAAGAGAUGAGCUACACUGAUCAUAUUAAAAGUGCAAUAUGCUCGACGCUCAACUUUUUUUCGAGUAAAUCUCUCUAAGUGUAUCAUACUUUGCGUCUGCUUUUGAUGAUACUAUGCGUCCUGAGGUAUUUAUCACAUAUGUAUUGAAGAUACAUACGCAACAAUGAUGUUCUAUAUUUUAAGCCGCCUUUCUUUAGAUAAAACAGAUAUAUGUUUAAUGGUAUCUAAGACCGGUUCACAUGCAGAAACUAAUAUUGGUUUUGUUACAAAGAGACAGUUUUCCAUAUUUCUUUCCUUUUAUUGUUAUAUUUAGAAGAAAGUUGUAAAAAAUAUGUAUAAUAUCUUUGUAUUUCUUCCCAAAUCAUCAUGUCUACAAAGUUAUCUAUACAAAUCGUAAACAAAAUAAAAACUUUCAUUGCGUAAUCGCAGAAACAAUUAAGCUAAUACAAAUUGCUUUUCAGAUUCUUAUAUGCAAUAAUCUAUCAAUAAUUGUUAGAAUAGAAGUCCAAGUGCAUGGUUAAAAUGAACGAAUUAUUUGAGUUUAUACUCGAACUGAACAGUUAUUUACUGAUUUAAAGAGACAUCACACAUUUGUCGAGUUAAUCACGAACUACGUUAAUACAAAUCAAAUCGCGUAUUUACACUAGCGAAGGAAAAAUAAAAACCAGUCAUACGUUUCAAAACUGUUCUCGAAUGUUCUGGAUCUUUCGACAAUUUCGCGUGUCUCUAUUUGCUACUAUUUUUGUUUGCUCACUCUGAAGUCCGCAACGUGAGUGAGCUCCGCGAUUUCGGUGAUCGAUCGCUAGAUCUAUCGCCAUUUUUUAUAUUAUACACACCUGUCGAUAACAUGUAUCGCAAGGUGCUGCCGCUCACGUAACUUACCCGAAAUUAAUAUAUUCUAUUUCUAACAAUAAUAAUGCAACAAAACGUAGUAAUUAAAUACAAAAUACGUAAAGAUUUCUUAUAACUAUAGUUACUGAAUAUAGGCAAUUGUGCAAGUGGAUUGAAUUCGUGCAAUUUAUUAUUUUUCUUUACAUUUAGUACUACAACAGAAUAUCUUUAAUUUAUUCUUACAAUUCAUUUCCAAUAAUUCAUUAAAGCACACUUAAUUGCGAGUAACAGUUCGAUAAUUCUCCGAUACUUUACCAGUAAUUCCAUAGAUGUAUGUAAAAUUGAUGAACCGCUGCUCCGCGCAACAUACAUGCGAACAUCACGACUGCACAUAACGGACUGAGACGCCGAGAGCUAUAGAGCAUUAGAAAAGGGAACUGCGCUUGCGCGCACUUCCGUCUCUGGCAUCAUUUUUCGAAUAUUUUUCCGUGGGAAGGAAACACACGUGGAAAUUUUUCUUCUUUUCAUCUGAAAUAAAUUUCUUGAGCGUCUGUCUCAUGUGGAGAGAGUAAAUUGUCGUCGAACAGCUGUUACACUUGAGUAGUAAUAUCGCAUGCACCAUCUUGCGCUACGGUUAUGACAAUUUAAUAAAUUAAAUAAUUUACCUGGAAAUUACAUGUGCGAGGCGAGAGGAAAGUCAUAAAACAUUCUGGUAGUGCCGCCAUCAUCCUCUAUCAGUUGAGGAAUCACUAUAUAUUUUCAUUUCGCAGUCAAAUGCGAAGCUUCACUGACCGUCAAUGAUGGUCUGUAUUAAGAAGCGGUUCUUCAGCCUCAAUCGGCUACUUCUACUCGCUUUCGGCUUGUGGCCUGACAAGGAAACGAUAUACACCCGUUUUCAGGCAACAUUGCUUUGUAGUCUUUUGAUAAGCAGCAUUGUAUUUCAACUCUCAAGACUUUUCAUCGUAGAAUGUAACUUCGAUCUUAUUGUGAGAAUAGUCUCUUCCACGACAUUCUUUGCCAUGCUUACGCUUUUUCCCCUCCUAGCGUGGAUUAAUAUAAAAACUAUCAAAUAUUUAUUGGACCAACUGCAAUACAUCUAUGAUCAGCUAAAGGAUAGGAACGAAAUUGCUAUCUAUGACAAAUAUGGAUACAUUGGAAAACAUUUUACGACUAUAGCAAUAAUACUUCUUGUAUGCGGCCUAUGUAGUAAUUCUGUCAUAGUAUAUUGGCCAUACAUUCUUGAUAUCGUUGUACCGAAAAAUGAGUCUUAUGCAAUUCACACGAUGCAAUUUAUAUCCGAGUACUUUAAUAUCUCAGAUAAGUAUUAUUUUUUAGUUCUUGUGCAUUUGAACGCAGCUUGUUCUACAGGGUUAAUUGCAGUGAUAGGAACGGGUACAAUGCUAUUUUCAUAUUUGAAGCAUAUCUGCGGUAUGUUUGAAAUUGCCAGCUAUCGUAUUGAACAAGCAAUGGCGCCUGAAUUGUUACAUAACUUUGCUAUAAAGGACAGAAUUAUAAUAUGCAGGGAGAUGAUAUGUGCCAUAGAUAUACAACGCCAAGCUAUGCAGUACGCUAAAUGCUUCGUAACUAGUAUUGAAGGAGGAGCUUUCGUUGUGAUAAUAAUUAAAGUGCUUUGCGUGAGUUGCAAUCUCUAUCGAAUAUUUCAAAUUGAAUCAUCUAUGGAGAAGAUGGACGAGGUUUUAUUACACCUUUUGGCUGUAUCUUCAGUUCUGACGAUACUGUUUGCAUGCAAUUAUGUUGGGCAAGAAGUUACAGAUCAUAGUAAUCACGUAUAUGUAGUUACAUACAACGUUGCAUGGUAUUUAGCACCGUUACACAUACAGAAACUGAUACUGUUUCUAUUACAAAGGAGCAGUAAAAUUUUCUCUCUGAGUGUCGGUGGAUUAUUUACAGCAUCUCUAGAAUGUUUUGCAACAGUAAAGCUAUUUCAUUUACUUGUAGGCAUUGUUGAAGCAAGCACGUUACUGGAUCCCACAGACACGCGAGGCGAGAGGAAAGUCAUAAAACACUCUGGUGCCUACCUCCUUCUAUCAGGGGAGGAAUCGCUAUAUAUUGCCAUUUCGCAGUCAAAUGCGAAACUUCACUUACCGUCAAUUAUGGUCUGUAUUAAGAAGCGGUUCUUCAAUUCCAAUCGGUUACUUCUAGUCGCUUUCGGCUUAUGGCCUGACGAGGAAACAAUAUUCGCCCGUUUUCAGGCAACGCUAUGUUGCAGUCUUCUAAUAAGUAGCAUUGUAUUUCAGUUCUCAAGAUUUUUCAUUGCAGAAUGUAACUUUGACUUUAUUGUCAGAAUAUUCUCUUCCACGUCAUUCUUUGUCGUGCUCACGGUUCCAGCCAUCUUAUUUUGGAUUCACUUGAAAACUAUCAAACGUGUACUCAACCAACUGCAAUACGUCUACGACCGGCUAAAGGAUAGAAACGAAAUUGCUAUCUAUGACAAAUAUGGAUACAUUGGAAAACAAAUUACCACUCUAGUAAUAAUAGGCCUUGUAUGCACCCUCUGUGGUAAUUCUGUCAUAGUAUAUUGGUCGUAUGUUUUUGAUAUCGUUGUACCGAAAAAUGAGUCUUAUACAAUUCGUACGAUGCAAUUUGUGACCAAGUACUUCAAAAUCUCAGAGAAGUAUUAUUUUUUAGUUCUUGUGCAUUUGAACGCAGCUUGUUCUACAGGGUUAAUUAUAUUGGUAGGAACGGGAACAAUGUUGUUUUCGUAUUUCAAGCAUGUCUGCGGUAUGUUUGAAAUUGCCAGCUAUCGCAUUGAACAAGCAAUGGCGAUUGAAUUGUUACAUAACUUUGAUAUAAAAAACAGAAUUGUGAUAUGCAGAAAAAUGAUAUGUGCCAUUGAUAUACAACGCCAAGCUAUGGAGUUCACUAAAUAUUUCAUAAGUAGUAUUGAAGGAUCAUGUUUUAUUAUGAUAUUAACUACUGUGGUUUGCUUGAGUUGCAACCUUUUUCAAAUAUUUCAAAUUGAGUCACCAAUGGAGGAAGUAGAGCAAGUUUUAUUACAUCUUUCGGCUGUAUCUUUCGUUUUGACGAUCCUUUUCCUAUCCAAUUAUGUUGGGCAAGAAGUUACAGAUCAUAGUAAUCACGUAUAUGUAAUUACAUACAAUGUCUCAUGGUAUUUAGCACCGUUACACAUACAGAAACUAAUACUGUUUCUAUUAGAAAGGAGCAAUAAAGUUUUCUCUCUGAAUGUCGGUGGAUUAUUUACAGCAUCUUUAGAAUGUUUUGCUACACUGAUUAGUGCAUCAAUGUCCUAUUUCACCUUCAUGUACUCCAUGCAGUAAUAACAAGCAGAUAACUUGUCUGAUAGUAUAUUAGAAUAAAGUAGGUAUUAAAAUAAACAAUAAAGUAAGUGGUAGAUAUAAAACACACAUAUACAUAUACAUGUACAUACUUCCUACAAAAUAAACAGACAAAUGUUGCAUUAGUUGAAAUACAUGCACAAUUAGUCAUAGAACCGACGAAAUUGACGACAAGAAAAUACCUCUCACAUUGAAACAUAUAGGAUAUUAUUUUAAUGAAAUUUCUACAAUGUAAGUAAUAUUUUCACGUUAUCAAACAUACAAAGCGAGGGAAAUCUAAACUUAUGUUUUCUUGCACUGUUCAAAUGACUUAACAGCAAAUCUGGGAUUUACAGAUGUUGAUAAUGAGUAUUCGUGCAUUCGUGAUUAAUACAUUGUGCAUCAUGCAUACACUGCAUCUAAGAAUGACUAAAAUAUCAAUGAUAAAGACUAAAGAAAUAAUUAAUCGAAUAAAGAAAAUUUAAACGCAUUUUGAGAUGAUGGCUACGUCAGUAUUAUCAGAAUAGUUACUUUGUUAACAAAGAUUUAUUAAAGAAGGUGUACAUCAUAUGAAGGAUGAUCGGUAAAUUUAGAAUACGUUUUAUAACAAUAAAAUAUCUUUUAUGUGUAUAAAAAUCUAAUAAAUGUAAUUUUUUUUAUAUGUUAUAUAUAUCUUAGCAAUAUUUGUUUUACAGGCCAACACUUUAGCAUAUUAGAUUGACGGUAUAUGUAUAUCUUUCCAGAGAGAAACAGAAGAUGUACUUGACGAAAGGGAAAAAGAGCGAACGCAUUAAAAUUGGGCACAUAAUAACGAAAAGUAGUGAGCUACAAUAACGUCUUAUUAAAAGUUUGUCUCAUAAAUGUCUUUCUAUGGCAAAUAAACAUCUAUUGAAUUCUUGUCGCCAAAUCAAAUACUUAUUUUUGUUAUCAUCUUUUCUAAUAAAGGUACUAUAAAGUCACUAUAAAAUCAC